CACCACCCAAACACGAAUCGCUGCCCCUAAAUCCAACAAAAAUAGGAAAACAAAUCACCGGAAGAUGAAUAAAAGAACGCAAGAGAGAGAGAGACGGGGAGAAAGAGAGAGAGGAGCAGAGCGGCGGCGAGUGCUCGGCCACCAAUAUGGAGGAAAAAAUGGCCGCUGCCUCCUCCAUCCUCUUCCUCUUUCUCCUCUUCAGCUGGGCUGACAUCGCCUGCUCCUUGACGCAGGCCGAUGCCCUCCUCCAGCUGAAGAAGUCCGUCCAGAACGCAGGAGCCCUUUCUUCCUGGGUCGCCGGCGGAGACCCCUGCUCGGCCGGGUGGCGAGGCGUGAUCUGCUUCCACGGGAUCGUCACGGGUCUGCGCCUGAGCCGCCUCAGCCUCGCCGGCACCAUCGACGUCGAUGCCCUUCAACAGCUUACCGGCCUCCGCUAUGUCAGUUUCGACGGCAACGACUUAUCCGGCCUGUUGCCUGCAUUCAGCGGCGCUGGAAAGCUCAAGGCUAUCUUCCUCCACGGCAACCGUUUCUCCGGCGCCAUACCGGACGAUGCGUUUGCGGGAAUGGACUCCCUCAAGAAGCUGUGGCUUGCCGGAAACAACUUCUCAGGCCCUAUUCCCUCCUCCCUGACCUCGCUCCGGCACCUUAUUGAGAUCCGCCUCGAGAACAAUGCCUUCUCAGGGAAGCUGCCAUCGUUCCUUCAGCCCUCUAUUACGUCCUUCAAUGUGUCGAACAACCGCCUCGAAGGGGACGUCCCUCCGGAAAUGGAGGCCAAGUUUGAUUCCAGCUGCUUUUCCGGGAACCCUGGCCUGUGCUUCAAUGGAAACGCAUGCCAGGCGCCAUUACAGAAUGGUAGCAGCAGUACUCCUCCUCCUCUUCCUCCUCCUCCACCUCCGACGAUGGCGCCGCCCUCACGUUCCCACAAGACAAUGGUCCUCAUCGUGUUGGUGCUGGCAGUUCUGAUCUUAUGCGGCCUAUCGUGUUCAUCCAGAAAAAGACAACAAGAGAGCAAGGUUUCGAAGCUCGAGCCUGUGUAUGGGAGCAGAAACAGCAUUGUCGAGCAGAGGAAGCAUAUGGUACCAGUGCCCGCGCCUCCGCACAUUCAUGACGAGGAGAAGGCAGAGGAGACGAAGGCAUCGCCGUCGCCGGCGCGUUCGCCAUCACCGUCGACGUCUCCACAAGCCGAUCAGGUAACACCACUGCCGCCGCAGCCGCAACCGGCGUCUUCAUCAGCACCAUCGACUGGGGCACCGGAACUAGUGUUUGUGCGGGACGACGAGGGGAAGCAGCGGUCGUUUGCUCUCAUGGAUCUCAUGAAAGCAGCAGCUGAAGUUCUGGGCAGUGGUGCCUUGGGAUCGUCCUACAAGGCGGUGCUCACUAACGGCAUGUCGGUGGUGGUGAAGAGGAUGAAGGACAUGAACCAGGAGGGGAAGGAAGGAUUUCGAGAGAAGAUAUGCCGGCUCGGGAUCAAGCACCCAAAUAUUCUGCCGCCGACGGCGUAUCACUACCGUACAGAGGAGAAGCUGCUGGUGUAUGAAUAUGCAACUCAUGGCAACCUGCUCCUCCUCGUACACGGUGAUCGAGGACCGCAUCGGACAGCUCUCGAAUGGCCAACCAGACUCAAAAUCAUUCAAGGCAUCGCCCGAGGAAUGGCCCACCUCCAUUCGGAACUCAGUGACGUCGAUCUUCCUCACGGCAACCUGAAGUCCACCAACGUGCUAUUCCGUGACGACUGUGAACCGCUCGUAGCCGACUAUGGCUUCUCACCCUUGAUCAAUCCUACGCUUGUGCACCAGAACAUGGCAUCUUUCCGUUCUCCGGAGUUCAUGCAGUUUCGGCAAGUUUGCCGGAAAUCUGAUGUCUGGAGUCUCGGCGUAGUCAUACUCGAGAUCAUCACCGGGAAGUUUCCAUCAUAUUACGUCAACCAUGGCAAGGGAGGCGUAGACCUGCCCCUCUGGGUCCGGUCCACAAUUGCAGAGGACCGGACAAACGACGUGUUUGAUCCGGAGAUAAUCCAGGACUCGAACACUGUGCCUAGUCAAAUAAGCCGCUUGCUAGAAAUAGGCCUGCUCUGCACCGAGACAAGCUUGGACAAGAGACCGGACAUGGCCAUGGUCUGUAACAUGAUAGAAGAAAUCGACAUAAACGAAGAAAGUUCCUUCUUGCAAGAACAGUGAGAUCAGAAGGGCAGAUUAAGUCAUCCUAAGCAAACAUGAGACAGUCGAUAAGUCAUCCGGUACUAAGGAGGAUAACUUCAACCUCGGUGGUGCCUUAACUGGUUUUCUCAGACUUGCCAUGGUCGUUAUAAGCAUCGGAGUUGGUUUAAUUUCCUUCUGCAAUUUCUCAUCUCUUUAGUUGUUUAAAUUAAGUUCCUGCCAAAUGAUCGUGGUUGUGUAUCCUAUGUUUCUCUCUUACUUUAUUUAUCUUCUUUUUAGUU